CUAGGGUUUUCCCUGCGCCCGCUCUCUCCUCCUCCUCCUCGACUCCUCGCCAUUACUAGGGUUUCCAAUUCCCCCACACGCACACGCGCGCGCACAGAGAAAAGAGCAGCAAUGGCGCCGAAGAAGGCUAGGGUUGGGAGCCGCAACCCCUCGCUGGCUCGCGGGAUCGGCAAGUUCUCGCGGUCGAAGAUGUACCACAAGCGCGGGAUCUGGGCCAUCAAGGCCAAGCACGGUGGCGUCUUCCCCCGCCACGAGCCCAAGGAGGCGGCGGCCGCGGCGGCGUCGGAGAAGCCCGCCAAGUUCUACCCCGCCGACGACGUUAAGAAGCCCCUCGCCAACCGCCGCAAGCCCAAGCCCACCAAGCUUAGGGCGAGUAUUACUCCUGGGACGGUGUUGAUCCUGCUUGCUGGGAGGUUCAUGGGGAAGAGAGUCGUCUUCCUCAAGCAGCUCCCAUCAGGAUUGCUUCUAGUCACCGGGCCCUUCAAGGUCAAUGGAGUCCCACUUCGCCGUGUCAAUCAAGCUUAUGUGAUUGGAACAUCGACCAAGGUUGAUAUUUCUGGCGUUAAUGUUGAAAAGUUUGAUGACAAAUAUUUCGCCAAGGAAAAGAAGACGAAAACAAAGAAGACCGAGGGUGAAUUUUUCGAGACGGAGAAGGAGGAGACCAAGUCAUUGCCACAGGAGAAGAAAGAUGAUCAAAAGGUGGUUGAUUCCCAGUUGAUUAAGGCUAUCGAAUCCGUCCCCGAUUUGAAAGCGUAUUUAUCGGCUAGGUUCUCUCUUCGAUCCGGCAUGAAGCCGCACGAGCUUGCUUUCUAGAAAUUUACAGAUGAGACGGUCGAACAGGCUUUUUCUCCUCCAGAGUUUUUGCCCUGAGAUUGAAAUUGCAUUUUUAAUUUGAGCACUAGAGACUUUGUUGUUUUACUAGUAUUUGGUUUGUUUACCGUGCAAGAUCGGUUAUCUUUGUCGGUAAGUUUCUGUGAUCGGACUAUCUUGUUAAAUGCGAAUCAAAAUUUUACA